UUGUUCCGUGUUUACCCAAUAACAAAAACCAUCAAACCUUAGGGGUCUUUGUUGUAAUUUUAACAAAACCCUCGGGGGUAUUUUUCUAUUUUUUUAACAUGUAAGACCUACUUCCAUAAGGGAACGGCGGACAACGGAGUGAGGGGAACCAUGAGGGAGGCGGCAAAAAAUGGGAUGAGGUCUGGAUUGGUGGUGAUCGGUGCAGUAGCUUUUGGCUAUCUUACCCUACAGCUAGGAUUUAAGCCUUAUCUAGAGAAAGCACAAUUAUACAACCCUGAUCCCGAUGAAGAUCUGAAUCGCCAAUCGGACCAACAGAAACAGCAGCAGCAGCAGUUGUCCAGCAUAUCCCUAAAUUGUUAUCCGUUUCGAUGGGUGACUCUAAUGUCUUCAUCUUCAAUGGAGAUGAUGCUUUCAACUCUUCCGAUACAGUUUUCACAUAAAAUUGAUUGAUGAUUUCUAUGCAUUUGUUAAGUGUACGAGGAACUUUGCAGUUCAUCAAGGAACAAAUGUUUGUAUCAGUAGAAAAGAAAGUUGCUUUUGUUUUUUUUUAUUAUUUAUUUUAAAUAAUAAAGCUUUAGAAGUUUUUAA